AUGUCAAGAAAUAUCGAAAGUGUGGAAAGUAUGUUAAAUAACGGCACCUGUGACGGCAGGUAUUCUAUGAAUAUGAAAACUUUCGAUGGACGAAAUCGUCUGAAAACUGUUACUGAUAGUAUUGCGCAAUCAGUUGAUCGACAAGAUUCGCUAAUGCUCUGUCAGCAGUUGCAAGAACAAGAUGGUUUUGACUUUAUGGAUCAGAGCAUGGACCUAACUCCGUAUUUAAGAGAUCUUCGAGGGAUAGAUGACGGCGGUGAAGAUCUGGAGCCCAUGGUUGAUAAACAAAGGGUAUUGGAAUGUGACAUACAAAUGCAACAUGGUGUUUGUGAAUCUACUACUCAGUAUGAAGAUUUGAGAAGCAUUGCAGAAGCUAUAAAAUCGGGCGCAAGUCUGGAUGAUGUAUCGGUUGCAGUUCCGGAAACAUCGGGUUUUGCAGCAAAUUUCCAGCCCGUAAAAAUGGAAAUAACUAAUGAGGACAGGAAAGGAGAGCGAGAAACUCGGCCGACAAUAUCUGUGAAGAAGGAUAUGCCAGAACAGAUCGGAAUCUCUUUUACACCAACUAUCAAGCCUAGAAAGUAUUCACUGAAGCCAGAAGCGGAAAAAAAAAAUCCAUUGUAUCGGCUGAAACGUGAAAAAAACAAUGAUGCCGUAAGACGAUCACGUACUAAAGCAAAGCAGCAACAAAAAAUGAAGGAUGAGCAAAUCAAGCAACUUCAGCGUCAAAUUACUGAUUUUGGUAAAGCAGUAAAUAUCAAGGAUGAGCAAAUCGUUCAUCUUGAAAAUGCGAUUUGUGAAGUGAGAGAAGAAAAUCGGCAUUUACGUGUCGAAAAUAUGCGACUGAAGAGUGAAUUAUAUCAAGCAAAAAAGCGGUAUUCUGCUCGUACUGUUUAA